GUGUAGCAGCACACAGACACUGAUGGGCUACAGCAGAAACAUUACACUGAUCCUAGUCACUAUAUACAGUAUAUCACUGUUAUCUGUGCUGUGUAGAAGAGAGCAGGGGACGGCAGGAGUGAGGACACAAGCAGUAUUAUACGCUCUCAGGCGUGAAAUUGAAAGUGAAGCUUAAACCUUUCUGCCAAGAUGAAGAAUAACUACAUCCUGUGCUGUGUAAUCUUCUGUUUCCUGACUAGUAUUUCAAGCAAUCAAGGUUCUAAGAUACAGGACAGUCUGAGCUGUUACUACCAAUACAAAAAACACCAUGUCUGCGCAUGGUCAGAAAGCCGAAAUGCCACCCAGUUUGUGAACAUGAAUCUUUCAUUAUUGAAUGGAAGCUUAGUUUGUGAGAGGAUGGGACUAGUGAAAAUGACACCAACUCACCUAUACUGGACUUGUGAAAUCCCUGACAUUUAUCCAACAGUAUUAUUUCCAAUACAUUUUACUUUCAUACCAGACAGAGAUCUAAAGAGUCAACUUAAUAUUUCUACUAAAGGAGAUGAAGCCAAACCUCAAAACAUUCGCUGCAAAGCUGCUCAUGGUCAGAUAUCAUGUUCCUGGGAGGUGAGGAUGGAGAUAACCGACUCUGUUGACUUCCGUCUGCACUACAAAAAUGAGUUUGGAAUAGACCAGGAAUAUAUGCCCCACUGUCAUCAGGAGAUUCCUAUGUACCUUACUUGUCACAGCAACAUAACGACUGGAAAUACAACCUCAGAUAUGUUACAAAACAUCAGCAUUAGACCGCAUCGUUCCUCUCAAAAUUAUACACCUUGUCUGAAUGUUAAACUUCUACCCAGAAUCCUAAUAAUCAAUGAAACAAACAAAGGAGAGAAGUUUAUAGCCACCUGGAGGUCAGAGCAAACAGAAGAUGCUUACUUUAAAUAUCACUACCAGUUUUGCUAUUGGAGAGACAGUGUUCUGAAGUCAAGUGAGGUUAUUCCUGAGUGCCCAGAGAAACUUAAAGAAAUAUCACCCAACCAUGACCUCAAAGUAAUCCUCCAAACAGGUGUCCAUCUUACGCGUGGCAGUAAUUACUCUGUGAAAGUUCGAGUACGUUUGGAAUCCAAACCAGCACACUACUGCUUCAAAGGGCCCUGGAGUGAGUGGAGCAAAGUAAAAACAUUGCAAACCAAUGCAGCCCAGAAUCUCCUUUUACUGUACAUUCUAAUUCCAGUCUGUGUCAUAAUCCUUAUAAUGGGUGCCCUCUAUGGAUGCAAAGUUUUAAUAAAGUAUAAGAAGCAGUGGGAUGAUGGGAUCCCAAACCCAAACAAGAGUUCCAUCAUUGAAGGUUUACAAAAGGAAAAAGGAAAAAAGAAUGGAUCAAGUUUCCGUUAUGAAGAUCAUCUGUAUGUGGUACCUUAUAACAAAGUGCUGAUGUGGACACCACAGAUGUCAAAGGACUCCACUGACUAUAAUCAAGAUAAAGAACAGAUUAGCAGACCAGAAAGUGAACUGAUUCAUAAUGAUUUUACACAAUGUGUAUUUGUUAUGUAUGCAAAUGAGGAGUACCCAACAUCUUCUGUAGCGGAUGGGUACAAGCCUUUUUCAGAGAUGAUCGACGAACAGCAAAGCGCAGACAUGGAGUUUUCCCAGUAUACAGUCUCCGCCUUCGAUGGACCUUACCUUUUCUCCUAAAUAACAUUUAUGACAUAGGCAUUAAGAUUGGACUUUUUCAUAUUUCUGUUGUCGUUUUUUGGUUGUACUGAAUUUAAAGCAAACACAAGACUGUAAGUAUCAUAAGACAUGGUAUAAGAAAAUGUGCAGUGGUUAGGCUGGGAGAGUACCUACCCUACAGAAGGGCUGACCAACAAACUAAUCGUUAGAUGGCAGAGACAAUACCCAGCAACAGGACUGCACAACUAACUGGUCAUGUUUCUGUAGUGAUUAUAUCUUCUCCCAUAUCUAACUAGUUGAUUGCCAUCAGAGGUGUUUUCAAUUUAGCAACAUAAGAUCUCCACUGAUUUCAGCUUUCAUUUUUUAAUAUGAUCAAAUAAAUAUCAUCUUAUGUUUGAAUGAAUAGAAAUUUCAAUCUCCCAAAUUGUCGCUAAAUACCAAUUCCCAGUGUUUAUUCCCAUCCAUAUGAACUGCAGUAAAAUAUCAAGCAGGAAGCCACAAAGUCUCAACCUUCCCUAUGCUUGGGAUUAGAAGUAUUUUGGAUAUCGGAUUUUUCCAUAGUUUGGAAUAAUUGCAUACCAUAAUGAGAUAUCAUGGCGAUGGGACCCAAGUCUAAGCAUAGAAUGCAUUUAUGUUUCAUAAACACCUUAUACACACAGCCUGAAGGUGAUUUAAUACAAUAUUUUUAAUAAUUUUUUGUAUUUAACAAAGUUUGUGUACAUUGAACCAACAGAAAACAAAGGUUUCACUAUUUCAGUCUCACUCAAAAAAUUCUGUAUUUCGGAAUAUUCCGUAUUUCGGAAUAUGGGAUACUCAACCUGUAAUCUAUAUGGGAUACUCAACCUGUAAUCUAAAUAAGGCUGGGGCCACACAUAGCGGCCAAGUGGGUCCCGUUGAACGGGACUCUCUUGGCCGGGAGGGGGGUUCUGUGUGCACACGGAUCCUGUUCUGCGGGAUGCAACAGAACAGGAUCCUGCCAGUGACACACAGGAUUUCAUAGAAUGUGUGAACACUCACAGCUCCAUCUACUCUGUCUCUAUCUGUGUGUUGUUUUUUUUAUAAUGACUUAUUGGGAGGGAUGUUAGGGUUUCAGUGUGUUCCAUUGUUCCAGACACCAUCCUAUUUUUAUUUAUUAAAGCAUAAUCUGCUUGCAUCCGAAAUCGACACUUUGUCCACCUCUGAAAAUAUAGGUACAUUAAGUUAUGGUGAUUUCCAGCUUUCUGUAUGGGUAAACCAAGGUAUGAUGAUUUCCAGCUUUCUGUAUGGGUACACCAAGUUAUGGCGAUUUCCAGCUUUUUGUAUGGGUACAUUAAGGUAUGGUGAUUUCCAACUUUCUGUAUGGGUACACCAAGGUAUGGCGAUUUCCAGCUUUCUGUAUGGGUACACCAAGUUCUGGCAAUUUCCAGCACUCUGUAUAGGUACACAAAGUUAUGGUGAUUUCCAGCUUUCUGUAUGGGUACACCAAGGUAUGGCAGUUUCCAGCUUUCUAUCUGGGUACACCAAGGUAUGUUGAUUUCCAGCUUUCUGUAUGGGUACACCAAGGUAUGUCAGUUUCCAGCUUUCUAUCUGGGUACACCAAGGUAUGGUGAUUUCCAGCUUUCUAUCUGGGUACACCAAUAUUAAUGUUACAGUUAUAAUUUACUUUUUUUUUAUUGAAAUGACAGGGUGACACAUUGAUUUCCAGCAUUUUUAGGGGGAAAUGUGCCAAGCAGUGAUAAAAGUGGAGAAGUGAGGCAGUGGAGACGUUGCCCAUGGCAACCAAUCAGCAUUGACGUAACAUUUAAAAUUAGCAUACUAUAAAAGUACACAGAGUAGCUGAUUGGUUGCCAUGGGCAACUUCUCCACUGACUCACUUCUCCACUUUUAUCACUGCGUAGUACAUAUCCCCCAGAGUCUCGUUAAAGUUAUUUGUUAACAUUUUUUACCAGUUGACUGACCAACUCUCUUUUAGACAGACUGACCAACUCUCUUUUAGACACCUUGCAGUAAGACAUUGCUUAGCCAUCAAGGUUUCAACCAUUCACUGUUCUCUUGGUCCGCCACAUUGUAGACCUGAUUCAAAGGUGGAUGCAGUAGCAGCCGCAACUGCACAUUUUUAUGGAGCACAGCUGUGAAUUUAUAUUAAUGCCGCAAUCAUUGGAAUUUGCACAGAGAUGACCACUGGCUGCCUCUCCAAUCUGCCGCUUCAGACAUCGGUCGCAUAUUUGACAUUGCAGCAGCCCUAUGGUGGCUCAAAAUAUCAGCCGGAACAUGGACGUCAUGUCACACAUUCACAUCUAGCUGUCCAUCCUCCUGUUACCUCUAAGGAACACCAACUGAAAUUCCUUUUCUCUGCAUUUAAAAUGUAUUUGCAAUUAACAUCGAUAAACCAUCAAUGUGCAGUGCUACUCAGAAGCAUGCGCAGACUUAAAGCAUUGGCCGCUUGCGUCCUCCCUUGAUGUUCUUUUUUGUUGAAAUUUGUAAUUUACACAUACUUGUCUACUCUACUGGAAAGGCAGGGAAGCUCCCAAAAAUCUGAUGGUGCUCCAGAUCUCCCCAAAGAUAGGACAAGAUGCCACUCACCACUAGCCCUCCGCAGUUGCCAACACCUUCCCCUGCAGUGGGCUGUCCAAUUAUGCAACUCGUGCUGAAUUGCAUCAUUAGGGGCCCGCCCACUCCAUAAGAAUGCUGGUAAUCUUCCAUUGUGUGGCUGGGGUGGUCACACCCCCUGCUCCACCAACUAUUCUACAUCAUAAAAGAAACACAAAAUUGGGCGCUGAUGUUUGAAUUGGAUAUUAGGCGCACGUCCCUGGGGCCUGGUUCCUCUGCCACCACUUUAAUAGAACAAGAAAAAACAGAUAGGAACUGCGCUCAAUAUCCAAUUUAAGAUUGUGUGCAUUGAGUUUUUAAUACAUGUUUCCUAAUCAUGUCAAUUAUAUACUAAUUACGUGCUAUAGAAGCGUUAUAGAUUUCUAUUAGUAUAUGUAUGUUGUAUUAUAUUUUAUAAAAUCCGGCCGGUGAUUGUAUAAAUAUAUUAAACUGUAUUAGAGCAAAUAAAAUCUUAAAUUGGAUAUUGA